AUGGUUAAGAGUGCCUACAAGCUGUUAAGCUCUCUUCAAAGAGAUACCAGAAGUUGUGAGCCCUCAACUGCACAAGAACAGAAGAAGAUGUUGAGUGGAUUGUGGAAAUUACAGAUUCUUAAUAAGGUUAAAAUCUUUGCUUGGAGGGCUUGUCAAAAUGGGUUACCUAUAAAGUCCAAUUUAAAGAAAAGACAAGUGGCGUUGGAGGACAAUUGUGUUUUUUGUGGCACUGAGGAAGAAGACAUAAUACAUGCAAUUUAUCAAUGCAGAACAAUCAGACAAUGUUGGAUUGACUUGGGACUUGGUUUGCAACUUGAGGCAAGAUAUAUAGAUUUUGUAGAGUUUGUUACUAUAGCACAAAAAAAUGGCAGCAAAGAGGAAGUUGAAAAAUUCCUAGUCAUUGCAUGGGGGUUUUGGUAUAGGAGCAAUAAGAAAAUGUUUGAUGAUUCUGAAGUUCAUCCAAUAGCAGCAGUACAUCAAACAUUGGCCUUAUGGUCUGAUCUAAAACAGUUGAAGGGUAUUGGCAAGAAGAGUAAUGGCAGGUGGAUUGCUCCACUAGUUGGAUCUUUGUAA